AAUUUUCAGAUGACCGAAAUAUCCUCUGUUUCAUUCGGUAAAUUACCUAAAUUCUCGGAAACUAUAUCGCUGUCUCCGGACCUUCAGUCCGAGGACAGCGAUGUAAUUUACAGAGAGCUAAGUAAUUUACCAGAGGAGAUUUAG